AUGUCGAGGGUACGCAGCUCCCAGGUCGACAUUGCCAACUUCAAGUUCACAUUCGAGCACUGCAACUCGUCGACAGGGCAAUCUUUCAAGAUCGAGGCAGAUAAUGGGCGCACUUACCAUGGGUAUCGCGAUGGCUCGUACCAUUAUCCCAACGAUGUCCAGGAACAGGACCGCCUCGAGUGGCAAUAUAUAUGCCUCAAGGAAGUCCUCAGCCAACGAAAUUACCUCUCACCCUGGUCUGAGGACAACCCGCCGCGGCGCAUCUUGGAGGUCGGCACAGGUACAGGAAUCUGGGCGCUUGAAAUGGCUACCGAAUUCCCCAAUGCAGAAAUAAUAGGCACCGACUUGUCCCCGGUACAACCACAAUACGUGCCGGACAAUGUCCGGUUCCUGAUUGAGGAUGCCUUGAGCGAAGAAGGCUGGGACUGGCCCCAACCAUUCGACCACAUCCAUAUACGCAUGGGGCUCGGCUGCUGGGAGGACUUUGAGCGCGACGUCGCCCACAAUGCAUACCGCAACCUCGAACCUGGUGGCUGGUUUGAGGUUCAAGAGCUGCUACCGGCCAUGCACUGCGACGACGGUACCAUGCCCGAAGACUGGCCGCCGAAGCUCCUCUUCGAAGACCUGGACGAAUGUUCGAUCAUCGCCAAGCGGCCGCUCAUGUUUGCGCACACCAUCAAGCAGGCCAUGAUCAACGCCGGCUUCGUCGACGUCGCCGAGAAGAUGUACAAGCUUCCCGUCAACCGCUGGCCCAAGGAGCGCAAGUGGAAGACGCUUGGGGAGAUGUGGCAUGCGGCAUUCGAGGGCGGAGGGAUUCAAGCCUUCACCAUGGCUCCUCUGACUCGGAUACGGGGCCUGAAGCAGGCGCAAGUAGAGAUGCAUAUUAUGGGCGUAAGGAAAGCUCUCAAAGACACUAGCGUACACGCCUACCAAAAAUUCUAUGUGGUUACCGGACGCAGGCCCAAAGAUUGGGAGAUCCCACCGGGCCGGACCACCUUCAAUCCGAGAUGA